CCCACCACGCAUCCGUCCUUAUCUCUUUCUGCUCGGCCGCGCUGGGUGGCCGCUGCGUCGCGCAGGGGGACCGUCCACGGAGGAGCCCGACUAGAUCACCGCCGUCCAACGUCCUACCUCGAGCUCGCCAUCACGGUCGUUGAUCUCAUCGACUGCGGGCGCGGGCGCGGGCUCGGCGAGCUCAGGGCCGGCGUGGCGAGCUGUAGCCGGAGAGGGUGUAGGCUAGCGAGGUCGAGUCCGGCGGCGACAGUGCUUCGGCCUUCAUAUCGCUGGUGGACAGACUGGGGGGUGAUGUGCCGACAUUGGGCCAUCAGCUCUUAUGCUAGGUGAAUUCGGUAAUUACCGACUGUAAAAUGUCGGUCAAAUACGAAAUGGGUGAUGAGAUAACUGAAGUUGAAGAACUGAAGCGCAUAUUUGCUGAAAACAAGAGCCGAGCCAAUCAAGAUAUCCUAUGCUGCUAUUAAAUAUAUUACAAAGAAUUUCGCUGAACUGUUAGGUACUGGUGGAUUUGGGGUGGUUUACCUGGGAGGUCUUCGAAAUGGGAUGGUUGCUGUGAAGAAACUUUUGACACCGAUGGAUCAUUCUGAUAGGCUAUUUUUGGAUGAAGUUAUCUGCCAAGUGAAGGUAAACCACAAAAAUGUUGUAAGAUUUCUAGCCUACUGUCUAGAGACAACAUUUGAAGUCAGGGAAGUAGAAGGAAAACUUGGGGAUAUUGAGGUGCAGCAAAGGUUUCUCUGCUUUGAGUAUGCACCUAAUGGAAACCUUCACCGUUAUCUUCAAGAAAAAACUCAUGGGCAUGAAUGGAGCGUGUGUUAUGCAAUAAUUAAGGGAAUUUGUCACGGUUUGCAUUGUAUUCAUGAAAAAAAUUGUUCAUUUAGAUCUCAAACCUGCUAAUGUGCUGCUGGGUGCCAAUAUGGAACCAAAAAUUUCAGAUUUUGGUCUGUCAAGGCGUUUCGAUGAAAAUGUGACUACGGUUGUCACUGAAAAAAUUGCGGGAACACUCGGAUAUAUCGCACCAGAAUACAUUGAUCAAGGCGAAAUAUCAUUGAAGACAGAUAUAUUCAGCCUGGGUAUUAUCAUGAUAAGAUUAUUAGUAGGGCAUAAUGAUACUAUUAUUGAAAAUUGGCAUGGGACAAUGGAUGCAAACUGCCCAAAAAUGAAGAGAUGCAUUGAAAUAGCACAAAUUUGUGUCGACCACGACCCAUGUAAAAGACCUACCAUGUAUGAUAUCAUUUGCGCGCUGGACGACAUAGAAAUAACUGUUGAAGAAGAUCCUCCAAUUAUUAAUGAGCCGAGAAAUGAUCCAAGGUCUUCAUUAUACCAGGUUGUCCUAAGAUUUCGGGCUCUGCCGCCUCUUGGUGAAAAUUCCAGAGUCAGAGUGGAUACUUUAUAUAUCAACUUGAUGUCCCCGAGUGCAUUUUUGAGGGAAUAAGCAAGAAGCCGGGUAAACUAUCAUUUCAACUUUUACAGCUCAUCACUCGAGGUUUUUCUGAUGAGUGAAGGAUUGGUUUUGGUGGUUUCGGAAUCAUAUACAGGGGAACCCUGCGCUUCGGAACGUUGCUGUGAAGAGGCGUCACAGGACCAUGGAUAUUGAUGAUAGCAUGUUCCAUAAUGAAAUUAAAACAACGAUGUUGGCUCAACACAAAAACGUAGUACAGUUUCUAGGCUACUGUUGUCAUACAGAAGAAGAAGCGUUUGAACUCGAAGGAAACUUUGGUAUGGCUGAGGUACAGGAAAGACUGCUUUGUUUUGAAUAUUUAAGGAAGGGGAGCCUUGAUCGCUAUGUUUCCGAUGCAUCUUGUGGGCUUGAGUGGAGAACGCGGUACCAAAUAAUCAAGGAAAUAUGUGAGGGCUUACAUAAUCUUCACAUAAAUCGUAUUGUUCACUUAGAUAUCAAACCUGAUAAUAUAUUACUGGAUGAUAACAUGGCACCAAAAAUUGCUGAUUUUGGUAUAUCAAGGCGCUUUGGCGAAAAUCAAAGCCAGACUAUUACAGAAAACAUGAUUGGAUCACGGGGAUAUAUGGCACCAGAAUUCUAUGAAGGAAUGACACAUUUAAGACAGAUAUACAUAGUCUUGGAGUUACAAUCACACAGAUAUUGAUCGGGAAGUACUGUUCUGCUACGGACAAUAGUGCAUACUGUAUCCAUGGAACUUGAUGUCCCGGAGUGCAUAUUUGAGGGCAGCAAGAAACCUGGUAACCUGUCCUAUCAACUAUUACGAUUCAUCACUGGAAAUUUUUCAGAAGAGCAAAUAAUUGGCAAGACUGGAUUCGCAAACAUAUUCAAGGGCACCCUUGGGCUGUGGAACGUUGCUGUGAAGAGCUACAGGAGCAUCCAUAUUGAUGACCGAAAGUUCCAUAAUGAGAUGCAUCUUGUGGACUUGAAUGGAGACCACGCUACAAAAUAAUCAGGGGAAUUUGCGAGGGCUUACACUACCUCCACGGAAAGCGCAUCGUUCACCUAGAUCUUAACCCUGCCAGUAUACUGCUGGAUGAUAACAUGGUACCAAAACUUGGUGAUUUUUUUCUAUCAAGAUUCUUGGGAGAAAAUGAAAGUCACACUACUGCAACAAGCUCUUUUGGAACACGAGGAUAUAUCAUAUAUGGCACCGGAAUUGCUGGAUACUCGAGUUAUCACAUUCAAGUCAGACAUAUAUAGCCUUGGGGUUACAAUCACAGAGAUACUAAUAGGACAGAAGCAUUAUUCUGCUAUUGAGAAUGUAAGAACAAUUUAUGCGAUCCUGCCAAGAUAAAGCCUCUUCUUGCAAGAGGACUUCUGAUUUAGUAUAGGUACUUGAAUGCUGGAAGAACAGAUUAUUGCAUAUGUCCUCCGCAGACAUGGUCUUAUUGGAACAAGAGUAUGCGCUGAGAUAAGAAGAGCUUGCAUAGGCGAUGACCCCGACAAAAGGCCAGAUAUGAGAUGUAUAAUCGAGAUGCUUGAUGAAGCAGAAAAUAAUGUGGAUGCCUUAUAUGUGGAACUUGAUGUCAUGGAGCGCAUACUUGAGGGAAGCAAGAAGCCGAGUAUACUAUCACAUCAACUUUUACUGUUCAUCACUGGAAUUUUUUCUCGUGAGCAAGAAAUUGGUCGGAGUGAAUAUGCAAUCACAUAUAGGGGUAUCCUGCGACAGCGGAGCGUUGCUGUUAAGAGGCUAUUGAUGACCAUUGGUUUUAAUGAUCAGAUGUUUCAGAAUCAAAUUAAAACCAUGACGUUGGCUCAGCACAAAAAUAUAGUACAGUUUCUAGGAUACUGUAGUUAUACCCAACAAGAAGCAGGGGAAUUCGACAUGGCUGACAUGCGGGAAAGACUGCUCUGUUUCGAAGAUUUAAGCAACGGAAGCCUUGAUCGCUAUGUUUCGGAUGCAUCUCUAGGACUUGAAUGGAGUGUGAGGUAUCAAAUAAUCAUGGGAAUCUGCGAGGGCUUACACUAUCUUCACAGAAAGAAGAUUGUUCUUGGAGAACUCAGAACUACCAAUAUACUGCUGGAUGACAAAAUGGUACCAAAAAUUGAUAUUUUCUGUCUGUCAAGGUGCUUUGUCGAACACCAAAGCAGGGCUAUUGCGCCAAUCAAAAUGGAAUCAAUGGGAUAUAUGGCACCAGAAGCCUUUGCCGGAUUUAUCACAUUCAUGUCCGACAUAUAUAGCCUUGGGAUCAUAAUCACAGAGAUACUGACAGAACGCAAGGACUUAGCAAAAGAGAAUGUACUUGAAAGCUGGAGGACCAAACUGGGUACAUCAUCAACAGACGUACUCUUGGAACAAGUAAGAGUAUGUGCAGAGAUAAGCAUGGCUUGCAAAAAUCCUAACCCAGAAAGGAGGCCAGAUAUGCAGCGUAUAAUCAAGAUGCUAGAUGAGACAGAAAGUAAGGGACCAGCAGAGCAAUAGCCGUGCUGGACAAGAACAAGUGGCCUGCAGUUGAUCAUGCUUUUGUAUAUGAUGAGUUGGUUUACCUUUGUGUCUCCCAGAUUACUUGCUGCACAAACCAGUAUAUGCAACUCAGCAACUGGCCGAGGCAUUGCUGAUUGUGGCCUCAUUUAUCGUUUAUUACUACUACAGAAAUGGCCUUUGGUCCGCACAUUUA